AUGUCUUUUGAUAGUGAAAGUGAAAUUAAGUAUCUUAUUUACACCCAAUGCCAGGUUUAUAUCCAACACUUGAGUGACACAGACUUACACAGCAUACAAGUACAGAGAAAAAGAUUCAGCUAUUACAAGCCCACAGACAAGCCAAUACACAAGCCUAAAUGCAAGCCCAAACCACAAAUCCUGAAUAUGAUAAAGCAUGGCGGCCAGUGACAUGGAGUGAAGAUAAGAAAAAUGAGAUGUUAAGCAACCUGAAGAAGUUCCGGCCAGGUACUAAUGAGAUCAGUGGGAUUAGGAUCCUUCUCCAUGGCCCAAUCGGAGCAGGAAAAUCAAGUUUAAUCAAUUCUAUUAACACUGUUCUCCAAGGGCGCAACACUGCCAGCGCACUUUCAGAUUCAUCAGCUGGUCCAAGUCAGAGCUUCACUUUAAAGUUUAAAACUUACAGGCUGAAGAAAGCUGGACAUGGAGAUUACUAUCCAUUUGUCUUUACAGACAUCAUGGGUCUGGAACCAGAUACGUCACAAGGAGUACAAACCAAAGACCUAAAGAAAAUAUUAAAGGGUCAUGUGAAAGAUGGCUACACUUUCAAUCCUUUAAAAUCAAUUGAUAAGGGCGACCUGAGGUUCUACAGGACUAACCCCAGCCUGAAAGACAGAGUGCACUGUCUGGUGAGUGUUCUAUCAGCUGAUAAAAUCGCCAUCAUGAGUGGUGAAGUUAUCCAGAAAAUGAGAGCUGUUCGGGAAAAGGCACGUGAUUUAGGGAUUCCUCAGGUUGUCAUCAUGUCGAUGGUUGAUACAGCAUGCCCUCUGGUUAACGAGAAUCUAAGUAAGAUCUACACCAGCAAAAAAAUUAAAGAGAAGAUGAAAGAGUGCAGUGAUAAAUUGGGAGUCCCGAUGAACUGCGUCUAUCCUGUGCAGAACUACCACGAGCAGAUUACCAAUGACAUGCACAUGGAUAUUCUGAUUCUCAUGGCCAUCACUGAUAUCGUUAGGUUUGCCAGUGACUAUAUUGAAGAAGAGGUUUACAAUGUCAGUCAGCAUGCUGAAUAAGUUCUUAAUGUCCCUGGAACUGACAUGUUUCAGGGAUUCAUAGUUGGAACAGAGAUGUACUUUAAUUAUAAAAAAAAAAAUAUUUAAUGAUAAAAAAAAACAAUGUGCUUAAUAUUUUCAAUUAAAUGCAAGGAUUAAUUUGUUUUAGACUCUACAAUAGAAAAUACAAUG